CACAAUCAUAUUCAUUGGGWCUCAUCAUCUUGAAGAAUAAAUAAUUAAUUAAAAUGUAGCUUCCAUGUAUAUAUUUAAUAAAUAAUUGUUAUGUAUUUGUCACAAUUUCAGAAGAUGUUGUGGAUCCAGAAUUAUUGUUCAAAUGUCAACUGGAAAACGUUCCAGAGAUAAAUCACCUGUACAUAGGGGACGAUCUCCUCCUUCGCGUCGUACUUAUCGUUCAUAUUCAAGAUCACAAUCAAGAAGUCGCUCACCAGUUUACAGAAGUAGAAAAUCUCGUUCAAGGUCUUAUUCUAGAGGAAGAUACUAAAAUCACUAUUAAUACGAAACUACUAUGUAACACAUUUUUAUAAAAUACAUGAUUUAAAAAAAAAGGUA